AGAAGAAGAAUCGGACAGUGACGAAGAAAUGGAACUUCAUCCUCUACUCACGGCGUCAUUGAGAGCUCCGAUCACAUCAAAGAAGAAAGAUGUCGCCCCUUUAGAACCUCCGCCACUCCCCCCGGGAUGGACUGCUGUUAAUCCAGGUAAACCCGCGUCUAGCAAAAAUUACUGAUUAAAGAUAUUGUUCAGCUCACUCCGCAUCAGGAUUGUCAGUUAUCACUGGUCGAUAAUUAACGGGUUAUCGCUGACCGAUAAGCAGUGAGGUGAAUAUCCGUGCACUGUUCACCGAUACUGAGGCGAAUAAUUGUUUUAGCAUAUGCCACUUUCUGGCUUUCUUCUUGGUUAGCGAAACCGCAGCUCCUUUUAGUAAAAAACAAAUGCUCAUCUGUAACGAAAGAGGUUAUUUCUCUGGCCUCAGAGUGACAAAACGUAACAAAGCAACGGCUUCACUAACACUAACCCUAUUCCAAACACCAACUCUAACCCUGACCUACCCCUAAGUCUGUUUCUAAACCAAUCUUGAAGAAAAAAGUUUUGACGAAAUGUCAUUCUGAGGUCAGCGAAAUAACGUCUUUCGUCUGUAACCGGAACGAAGUGGAUAGUGUGUAAAGCACUAUCCACCUCGCGAGUAUAUGCUGACAUUACAUAUUUAACGCUUAGCUAUAUUACGUUACCCUACUUAAUGUUCUCCGUGGAAGGAAACAUCAGGACCUGGAGAAAACCCACGCCUUCGGACGUGCGUUGGGGCCUCGUCCAUAUUAGUAAAUUCCGCAGCGAGAAUCGAAACCACAAUAUCAGAGGUGUAGCUUGUGCUCCGUGAUCAAACAGUCAUACUGUGAGGUGUCUGCCAGUGGCGCCCUUAGGUAGCCAGCCCAUCAACUCGAUCAAGUUGAGCUGUAGGUCCGUCGCAAUUCAGCUUAGUUCUCAGCCAACAGAGACAACACAAAACUUUGACCAAAUCCCAGAGAUCCUUUGUAAUUUACUACAAGCACAUCGAAAAACAUAUGAUAAUUUCAAUAUAGAUGCAUACUGGAAUUUCAACUCUGAGUGAGUUUGUGGGUUCGAGACUCGCUACAGACUCGUGUGAAAAGAGUCAGUCAACGCUCUGCCGAAAGUCGUGGGUUUUCUCCGGUUAAGAAAGUAAUACCACAACUGUUGUAAAGCUAAGAAAGUAAUACCACAACUGUUGUAAAGCUAAAAUAGUCUCGGCUAAGUAUGUAGAAAUUGCGCUAUAGAGUUCUUAAUCUUGAUCUUUAACUGGUAAUUGAAUUUCUUACUUCAUUAUAGAUGAUACGACGGGAACCAAUUCAUUCGUCUCUAAGGCCGACACUUUCUUCGCAGAUAUGAACAUGACUGGGCAAAGCAUGAGUUAUCCUCCUGGUUACCCCGGUUAUCCAUAUACACACCCUGGCAUCACUCCACCACCACCACCACCACCUGGGAUAGAACCACAAACCGGAAAUGGUAAGUAGAAGUUCGUAGGUUUUCGUGACGAUAAAUAUAGAGCAAUGGAGCAUUUGUAUUAUAGACUAAAUUUUGAUCUAGACAAAAAUUUCAUCAGAGCUUGAAACAGCAUCACAAAAUUAGUAAUAUUCCAAAGUUUCGUUGCGAAAUAUUGUAAAAUGCGGAUAAUAUAGCCUUGCGAAGUUUGCCGUUUUUCAGUCAUUUUGUAUUACUGUACAAAUGGGAAAUGGUUACCACUUUUCCAAAAUUUUGAUCUUAACUAGCCUAAACAAAAAUUUCAUCACAGCUUGAAAGAGCAUCACAAAAUUAGUAAUAUUCCAAAGUUUCGUUGCGAAAUGUUGUAAAAUGUGGAUAAUAUAGCCAUGCGAAGUUUGUAAUUUUCAGUCAUUUUGUAUUACGCACGAAAGUGGUAACCAUUUCCCGUUUGUAAUCUAAAAUGACUGAAAAUUACAAACUUCGCAAGGUUAUAUUAUCCGCAUUUUACAACAUUUUAAAACGAAACUUUGGAAUAUAACUAAUUUUGUGAUGCUCUUUCAAGCUGUGAUGGAAUUUUUGUCUAGAGUGUUGAGUUCAAAAUUUUGGUUAAUUGGGGGAAUGGUCCAUUCGAACUGUAUUUUUGAGGAUCGGCAAACCUCAAAAUGUCAGAACAUAACACAUUGGUAUAUGCAUAUCAAAGUAUUCAACCGUUGAAAAACAUUUCUCAUUUUAGGGAAUCCUCAGUUUCCACCCAUGUUCUACUCUAAUAACCCCGCACCAUCCCUAGCUGGUCCUAUAUUGUCCUACCCAGGUACCGAGAUGACCACUGGCCCUCCCAUUAUCCCUCCUCCUCCUGACUUAAAGCCGAUAUGUGAUAAACUCGCGGAGUAUGUUGCCAGAAAUGGCAGCCAGUUUGAGGAGAAUAUACGCGCGAAGAAUGAUCCAAGGUAGGA